AUGGAUUCGCUACCUGAAGAAGAUUUUUCUUGUCCUGUGCGUCAUGAAAUUUUCCAGACUCCUGUUGUUUUAUCAUGUGGCCACAGUGUAUGUAAGGAGUGUCUUCAAGAGUUCUGGAGAACCAAGGAAACUCACGAAUGUCCUGUCUGCAGCAGGAGAUCCUCAAGAGAUGAUCCUCCAAUUAGCCUUGCAUUUAAAAACGUAUGUGAGUUAUUUCUAAAGCACAAAAAUAAGAGGUGUUCAUCAGGAUCUGAAGAGAUCUGCAGUUUACAUGGUGAGAAACUCAAACUCUUCUGUCUGGAGGACAAACAGCCUGUGUGUUUAAUGUGCAGAGAUUCACAGGAACACAACAAUCACACAUUCAAACCCAUCAGUGAAGUUGUUUCAUCAAAUGAGGAGGAGCUCAAAGCAGCACUGAACUCCUUAAAAGAGAAACUUCAACAUGAUGAAAGCAUUAAAGAAGGGUUUGAAAAAACUGUUCAACACAUCAAGUCUCAAGCUGAGCACACAGAGCAUCAGAUUAAACAGCAGUUUGAGAAGCUUCAUCAGAUUCUCAGAGAUGAAGAAGAAGCUACAAUCACUGCACUGAGGGAGGAAGAGGAGCAGAAGAAGCAGAUGAUGAAGGAGAAGCUGGAGGAGAUCAACAGACACAUCUCAACUCUUUCACACACAAUCAAAGACUUGGAGGAGAUGAUGAAAGACAAUGAUGUCCGCUUUCUAAAGAAGUUUCCAGUCACAAUGGAAAGAGUCCAGAUCUCACAGCCGGAUCCACAGACGCCUUCUGGAGCUUUGAUUCAUGUGCCACAUUACUUGGGCAACCUGCCAUUCAGAGUCUGGCAGAAGAUGCAGGACCUCAUCCAAUACACUCCUGUGAUUCUGGAUCCAAACACUGCAAAUCAGUGGCUUGUCCUGUCUGAUGAUCUGACCAGUGUGAGAAACAACAGAAACAAACAAAAGCUUCCUCAUAAUCCAGAGAGAUUUGACUAUUAUCCAUGUGUUUUGGGUUCAGAGGGUUUUAACUCAGGAACAUAUUGCUGGAAUGUUGAAGUUAAAGACAGUUUAAAGUGGAGUGUUGGAGUAACUACAGCAUCAAACCAAAGGAAGGGUGGUGAUUUCUAUAACACUGAUGUCUGGGGUGUGCAGUAUGGACUGACUACACUGUUUGGUUUUCCUGUUGAACAGGAUCUUGAGCGUGUGAGAGUGUAUCUGGACUAUGACAGAGGAACGGUGUCAUUCUUUGAUCCUGUAACUAACACACAUCUACACACAUUCACAACCACCUUCACUGACACUGUCUUGCCAUUCUUCUGGAUUUCUGCACUUUCCUCUCUUAGAAUCGUACAGUACAGGCAGUAA